AUGGUGGAGCAGGAGACAGGAACGACGGUGUUGCAGGCGAACGACAGUGAUCAGUGUGCCGGCGGCUCCAACUGGACCGGGGAGCACGACAUGGAGCACCUGCCAUUCGACGUGCGCAUCGAGACGUACCUGGUGCCAGUGAUCUUCCUGCUCAUCUUCACGGCCGGCGUGCUGGGCAACGGCACCCUGGUGCUCAUCUUCAUACGGCACCGCAACAUGCGCAGCUCGCCCAACCUGUACAUCCUGUCGCUGGCGCUGGGCGACCUGCUCGUCAUCCUCACCUGCGUGCCCUUCAUCUCCACCAUCUACACGGUGGAGUCGUGGCCGUACGGGAUGGUGAUCUGCAAGCUGGCGGAGACGGCUCGCGAGGUGUCGGUGUCGGUGUCGGUGUUCACGCUGACGGCGCUCAGCGUGGAGCGGUACUGCGCCAUCGCUGGCCCCGUGGCGGGCGCCUCGCGCCGCGUCGGCCCGCUGCUGCUGGCCGCCAUCUGGCUGCUGGCGGCCGCCGCCGCCGUGCCCACCGCCCUCUACACGCAGGUCACCGAGGAGGCCAUCAACGAGUGCGAGGCGGGCGCCCUGCGCAGGAUACAAGUCUGCUACCCUUUCCCCAAGGAGCUCGCGGCCCCUGUCGUCACCGCACGUUGUGACACCUCCUGCUGUGCCGGCGGCAGGUUCGCGGUGCACUACGCGCUGCCGCUGGUGCUCAUCUCCGUCUUCUACUCGCUGAUGGCGGUGCGGCUGCGGCGCGGGCUGCCUGGCGAGGCGCCCCAGAGGCACAUCCGCUCGCAGCGGCAGCGCGUCGCCAGGACGCUGCUCACCUUCGUCGGCGUCUUCUUCAUCUGCUUCCUGCCGCAGCACGUCUUCUCGCUCUGGUUCUACUGGGCGUCGUCGAGCGUGCUGGAGUACAACGACUGGUGGCACGCGCUGCGCAUCCUGGGCUUCUGCCUGUCGUUCGCCAACUCGUGCGCCAACCCGGUGGCGCUGUACUGCGUGUCGUGCACGUUCCGCAAGCACUUCGACCGCUACCUGCUGUGCUGGUGCCGGCGCGGCGCGCGGCCCGACACCGUGGUGGCCGGCAGCCGCACCGACUCGCGCAAGCAGUCCACCUCGCAGACGCUCGCCACCUUCCAGCCGCGCUCCAGGUGA